AUGUUGGUGGUGUGUGGAGACUUCAUCGGAAUACACAAAUCUACUGCAAGUCGUAUAGUGAAGCUUGUAUCUUGUGUUAUUGCUACAUUGCGUCCACAAUUUAUUCACUUUCCUCGCAAUGAAAAUGAUAUUAAAAAGACAAAACAAGAUUUUUAUAAUAUCGCCAAAUUCCCUAUGGUUAUUGGUGCAAUGGAUUGUACAAAUGUUAAGAUUCGAUCACCUGGAGGAGAUAAUGCAGAAGCCUAUAGAAACAGAAAACAUUUUUUCUCAAUUAAUGUUCAAACUAUUUGUGAUGCUAAUUUAAAAAUCCUAGAUAUUGUUGGAAGAUGGCCUGGAUCAUCCCAUGAUUCCACUAUUUUCAGUAACUCUGCAAUAAGAGGUAAAUUUGAAAGAGGGGAAAUUAAGGAUUGA